UCUUUCCCUUUUUGCCCUCUUUAGGUGGAUAAGAUAGUGGACCAGCUGCAGCAGUUCGUUCAGAGCUAUGAUCUGGCUGCCCUGCGGGAUUACUGGAGUUAUCUAGACCGACGCCUUUUCAGCCGUUUGGAAGAUGUGUACCGGCCUACAGUGAACAAGCUGAAAACCAGCUUAUUCCGAUACUACCUCAUCCAUACUGUUCAGACCGGCCGCAAUGACAAGGCGCAGGAGUUUUUCCUCAAGCAGGCCUCUGAGCUCCAGAACCAGGCAGAGUGGAAGGAUUGGUUUGUCCUGCCUUUCCUCCCUGCUCCAGACUCCAAUCCCGCCUUCGCCACCUAUUUCUCACGCCAGUGGGCAGAUACAUUUAUUGUGUCUCUGCACAACUUCCUGAGUGUCUUAUUUCAGUGCAUGCCAGUUCCAGUCAUUUUGAACUUUGAAGCUGAAUGUCUCAGGAGCAGUCUCAUACAAGAAGAAAAUGAAUCGUUGCGGCAUAAGCUUUUUGCUUUGCAGGCUGAAUCCUCCCGCAUGAAGAAAGAGGAACUGGAGGUGGAACAAGCAGUUGUGCAUCACAAGUUGCCUGCAUAUGUGGCCAACAUGGAUCGACUAGGGGACUCUGAGCUUGAUAUGACCUGCAGCCAGAGGAGUACUGCACAUUCUCUUCAGUCCCGGGGAGGCUUCCUGUCUUCCUUUCUCUCUCAAAGUAAGAAGGGCCCUUCCAGACCAGCCCAUCCAAGUGGGGCUUCUCCAACGCAGCCUGGCAGUAUGCUGCUCGGGAAGAAAGAACCAAUAAAUCACCAGAGUGCCAAAGGAAAGGAAGGAACAGUGAGCUGUAAGGACGGGAAGAGCCACUUCAGUGGGUUAGUAGCAGGCGAGUCAAGUUCCCUACAGCAGCGGCAGAAGCGCUUGCAAGAGCAUGGGAAAGAAAGGAAGGAACUGCUGUCAAAAGGGACCUUCCAGGGCCAAAGUGCUGAGAAGAAAACAGAUAUUAGCACAGCUGAGACAGAGCCGUGCUCAGAGCUGCAUGCUGAGCAAGCAGAGACUUCAACAAAAAUGCCUCCCAGCAGUGCAGAGGCUGUGGGGGUCCGGCAGGAGCAGCCUUUCAUCGUCCUGAGCCAGGAGGAGUAUGGGGAGCACCAUUCAUCCAUCAUGUACUGCAGGGUUGAUUGUUCUGGACGGAGGGUGGCCAGCUUGGAUGUGGACGGGGUCAUCAAAGUCUGGUCUUUUAACCCUAUAAUGCAAACUAAAGCUUCAUCCAUUUCCAAAUCUCCGUUGCUGUCUCUGGAAUGGGCGACCAAGCGUGAUCGGCUGCUGUUGCUUGGCAGUGGGGUUGGGACAGUUCGUCUCUAUGACACAGAAGCAAAGAAGAAUCUCUGUGAAAUCAGCAUUGAUGAAGACAUGCCCAGGAUCCUCUCGCUUGCCUGUAGCCCAAGUGGUGCCUCCUUUGUCUGUUCUGCGGCAGCCCAGAGCCCCAUCUCCCACAUGGACUUCUCAGCAGUCAGCUCUGGGGGCAAAAGCAUGAACCAGGUUCCUGGGAAGCUGCUACUGUGGGACACUAAAACGAUGAAGCAGCAGCUGCAGUUUUCCCUGGAGCCUGAGCCCAUUGCUAUUAACUGCACAGCCUUCAACCACAAUGGCAACCUGCUGGUCACUGGGGCUGCAGAUGGGAUUGUUCGUCUCUUCGAUAUGCAGCAGCAUGAGUGCGCCAUGAGCUGGAAGGCACACGAUGGGGAAGUCUACUCUGUUGAGUUCAGCUAUGACGAGAACACAGUCUACAGCAUAGGCGAGGAUGGCAAGUUUAUUCAGUGGAAUAUCCACAAAAGUGGCCUGAAGGUGUCCGAGUACGAUCUUCCCAGUGAAGCUACAGGUCCUUUUGUUCUGUCUGGGUACAGUGGCUACAAGCAAGUCCAAUUCCCACGAGGAAGGCUUUUUGCUUUUGACUCUGAGGGCAACUAUAUGUUGACAUGUUCUUCUACUGGGGGAGUAAUUUUUAAGUUAAAUGGUGAGGAAAAGGUUCUGGAGAGCUGCCUUUCCCUGGGAGGACACCGAGCUCCUGUUGUCACAGUGGAUUGGAGCACAGCCAUGGACUGCGGGACCUGCCUCACUGCCUCUAUGGAUGGGAAGAUUAAAUUAACAACCUUACUGGCUCAAAAGUCUUAA